GUGGAAGAAGGUGUGCAUAUGCUUCGAUAUUGUGGAUGUGUGAAGGAGGUAGAGGAGGAAAAAGGUGUGAAGGGGUUUGGCUAGGGUGGAUGGGUGAAGGAGGUGGAGCUGGAAGAAGGUGUGAAGGUGUUUGGCUAUGGUGGACGGGGAAAGGAGGAGGAGAUGAAAUAAGGUGCGGGGAAGUACAUUGCUAUGGGGGAUGGGUGAACAUUGUCGAGGUGGAAGAAGGUGUGAAGGUGCUUGGCUAUGGUGGAUGGAUGAAGGAGGUCGAGGUGGAAGAUGGUGUGCAGGUGCAUGGCUAUGGUGGAUGGGUGAAAGAGGUAGAGGAAGGAAAAGGUGUGAAGUGGCUUGGCUGGAGUGGAUGGGUGAAGGAGGUAGAGGAGGAAGAAGGUUUGGAGGUGACUUGCUGGGGUGAAUGGGUGAAGGAGGUGGGGGUGGAACAAGGUGUGAAGCUACUUGGCUAUGGUGGAUGGACGAAGGACGUGGAUGUGGAGGAUGUUGUGAGGGUGCUUGGCUAUGGUGGAUGGGUAAAGGAGGUGGAAGUGGAAGAAGGUGUAAAGGUCGACGAAGGUGUGAAGGUGCUUGGCUGUGGCCGAUCGGUGAAUAAGGGACAGGUGGAAGAAGGUGUGAAGGUGUUUCACUAUUGUGGAAGGGUGAAGGAGGUGGACGUGGAAGAAGGUGUAAAGGUGUUUGGCUAUGGUGGAUGGGUGAAGGAGGUAGAGGACAAAGAAGGUGUGAAGGUGCCUGACUAGGGUGAAUCGGUGAAGGAGGUGGAGGUGGAAGAAGAUGUGAAGAUGUUUGGCUAUGGUGGAUGCGUAAAGGAGGU